AUGCCUCUGGCGGUGGCCCUCCUGCUGCUCGGGGGCCUGAGCGGGGGCUGGGGCUGCCUGCAGUGUGACCUCUCGGUGCAGGAGACGCUGCGCCAGCUGCGCCUCCGCCUCAUUCCCAGCCGCUUCGGCCGGGAGCACCUGCGGGCCCGCGCGCAGGCCCUGCUGCUGGGCAUGGAGGGGCCUUUCUUCCGGGACUACGCCGCGAACGUGUUUGCAGGGGAAAUAGAGACGGAUCACCUGGACCUUGUGGCGAUCUUUGCGAAGAACCAAAUAAACAAGCUAAGGGUUGAUUCUCUGAGAGAUGGGCCUCUGCUGGAAGAGCUGGUGACUCUUAGGAGGAAGGUGACCAAGAAACUCAAGACAGUGUUAAGGUCGUAUGAACUAAAAGCCUGUGAUCGGAAAAUUUGCCACAUGCUGAAAGAAGAGGUCUUGGACUGUGUUCAUUGCCUGAAGACCAGUCCCACAUGCAUUACAAAGAAUAACUGUUUCGUCGACAGGCAGCCCCGCGCGGCCCUGCGGUAAGACAGCGCGAGUGGACACCCGCGGACACAGGCCCAGCUCGGCAUCACCGUUUCCGUGUGUCUGGCCGUCUUCGUCUUUGGGGUCAUCGUGGCUUCGGCCAUUACUUACAGGCAUAACCGGAAACUCCUGCUGCAGUAG